AUGCUGCGGUGCACUGCUGAUAUUGUGAUUUUGUUGGUGGUGAUCCUGGUGAUCUUGAUCUUCACUGUCUUCAAGCAGAAGGACCCUACCGUUACCUUGCAGUUGGUUAAGGUUAAAGAGGCGAGUUUGGUUAUUUUCCCGAUUGGGGCAAUAAAUGUGUCCUUGGGCAUAUUGCUCACGGUUGAGAACCCCAACCAUAGAAGCUUUAGUUACCACAACAGCACGGCGUAUCUUAAUAUUCAUGACAUAAUGAAAGUUCUGGAUUUAGUGGCUGAUUUUGUUAAAGGUGUUAUAAAUUUUACUUCAACAUCCACCUUGGAAGGGCGUGUCAAGGUGCUGAACCUCUUCAAGAAGAAAGCCACUAGUUCCUCCUUUGGUGAUCUCUUUGUAUUCGUACAUGACAAGAGUGUUAAUUCUACUUGUAAAAUAGAUGUCAAACUUUGA